UCUCAGUAACAGUCUAAUUUAUUUUAUUACAACAUUCAAUAGUACUGAAUAUUGAAGGGGAAAAAAUCAAAGCGGAACCAAAGGUCAGAGCCACUGUGACACACACGGAAGAUAAAGACAAAGGACAGAUUGUAUCGUUAGCUUUUCUGCUGUAGGACCGUAGUUUGAAGAACGAUUUGGUGUUUUAUGUAAAUACUUGAGUGAUUUCAGUGGGGGGAAAUCCGUUCAGCCUCUUUUACCAACGGGCAGGUAACUCCUGCUGAAGAAACAUUCACAGAGUUUAAAGAUUGUAACGUCAAGUCCGACGAAGAGAUGAAUGAUCAACACAAACUGCUGGACUCCGCCAGGACACCAGCGAUCAUUUUACGCCGAAUAGAGUUGAAAGAAACCAAGAUGGAGGAAGAGAUGGAGGAUCAGCGCAGACUGCUGGAUUUCACCCGGAUACCAAGGAUAAUCUUACACCGAAUAGAUAUCCGACAUUGUUGUGUGUGUAAAGACGACAGGAUUUUCAAUGACCUCAGCGACCAGGAUGGGAACUCCACUUUAAAACAAGAGGGACCAGAACCUCUGCAGACAGAACAGGAGCAAGAAGAACCAGAACAUCAACAGUCCGAGAAAGAGAAGCAACUCUGCAUCAGUCAGGAUGAAGAGCAGCUUGUGCUGAAACAGGAGACUGAUGACAUUUUGGUGAAUCCUCUUAAUGUGCAAAGAAUCCACAAUGAAACAGAACCACAGAGGAACCAACUCAUCUCUCAUGACACUGCUGAGGAUGAGAACCAGGAUCAGGAAGGAAACAAUUCUGAAGACCCAGGAAAAAAGAGAGCCAAAGAACAGAAACAAAAGGAGAAAUAUGAGAAAACCAAACGACAGAAAGGAAAAACUGAAAGUUCAAAACAAAAAACACACAAGAAAGCUCACCCACAACAAAAACUAUAUACUUGUAAAAUCUGUGAUGAAGCCUUUUCUCAAAGCAAUUUGUUGACCACACACAUGAGAACUCACACUGACAAGAACCCUUUCACAUGUUCAACUUGUGGAAAAAGUUUCACACGCAGAUAUACCUUACUUGAUCACAUGAUGAUUCACACAGGUGAGAUGCCUUUCUCAUGUGGGACCUGUGGAAAAAGUUUCCAAAGGAAAAGUAAUUUAACUAGACACAUGCAAAUUCAUACAGGUGAGAAGCCUUCCUCAUGUGGGACCUGUGGAAAAAGUUUCCAAAGGAAAAGGUAUUUAACUAGACACAUGAGGACUCAUACAGAUGAGAAACCUUUCUUGUGUGGGACCUGUGGAAAACGUUUCAAUCAAAAAAUUCAUUUAAUUAAUCACAUGAGGACUCAUACAGAUGAGAAACCUUUCUUGUGUGGGACCUGUGGAAAACGUUUCUAUCAACAAAUACAUUUAACUAAUCACAAAAGGAUUCAUACACAAGAGAAUCCAUUCUCAUGUAGGAGUUGUGGGAAAGGUUUUUGUCAAAAAAGCAGUUUAAUUAGUCACAUGUGGAUUCAUACUGGUGAAAAACCAUUCUUAUGUGGGACUUGUGGAAAACGUUUUAGUCAAAAAAGCAGCUUAAAUAAUCACAUGAGGACUCAUACAGAAGAGAAGCCUUUCUCAUGUGGGACUUGUGGAAAAUGUUUCUGUUAUAAAAACAAUUUAACUAGUCACAUAAGGACUCAUACCGGUGAGAAACCCUUCUCAUGUGGGACCUGUGGAAAAAGUUUCCAUCAUAAAAGCAUUUUAGCCAGUCACAUGUGGGCUCAUACAGAUAAGAAGACUUUCUUAUGUGGGAGUUGUGGAAAAGAUUUCCAUCACCAAAGCAGUUUAACUUGUCACAUGAGGAUUCACACAGAUGAGAAUACUUUCUCAUGUAGAACUUGUGGAAAAAGUUUCCAUCAUUACAGAAGUUUAACUAGACACAUGAGGACUCAUACAGGUGAGAAACCUUUCUCAUGCAGGACUUGUGGAAAAGCUUUCUUUCAAAAAAGCAAUUUGACUAGUCAUGUGAGUAUUCAUACAGGUGAAAAGCCUUUCUGGUGUGGGAUAUGUGGAAAAGGUUUCUCUCGAAAAGACUAUUUAUCUGUUCACAUGACAACUCAUACACGUAGUGUUUCUUAUGUGCGACCUGUGGAAAAGACUUCCUUCUAAAUUGCCAGUUAACUUUUAACAUGGGAAAAAAAUUCUUGUUUCCUGUAUGCCAAAACUCAUAAUUACUUCUAAAAUGUUCAUCUUUUGUUAUAUUUUUCAUCCAUGGAAGUUGCCAUUUUCUUUGCUUGAUGGGUUGAUGAUACGCCUGCACAGUGGCGCAGUUGGUAGAGCUGUUGCCUUGCAGCAAGAAGGUCCUGGGUUCGAUUCCCAGCCCGGGGUC